AUGUUUAGAUUGAGACAGGGUUCAACCAAACGUCCAAAAGAAAGAAAAUCCAAAUCCAAAGGCGUGCAGUGCGUGAUCCUUGCUUGCUUGCUGUUUACUUUAGAAUAGAAUAGAAUAGAAUUUGGAAAAUAAAAAAAAAAAAUCAGGAAUAUUCGUUCGCUGUACUAUAAAAUAAAAAUGGGUAAAUAAAUAGACACUCUUUCUUUUUUUUCUUCUUCUAUUCCAAUAAAUAACCCCUCCCUUUGCUUGCGGUGCGUGCGGUAGUAGUUGGCAAAAAAAAGGUUGUUGGUUGGUUCCAUCCAAUUCCAAUUCCAAUUCCAAGUGUGUGUGUACUAAGCUAAGUAGAGGUUAGCUAAGUUAUUAGCCAGCCAGCCAGGUUGUUUGAGAAUGUCGAACAUUGACAUUGAAGGGAUCUUGAACCAACUUCCUAACGAUGGUCGUAUACCUAAGACCAAAAUCGUCUGUACUCUUGGUCCUGCUUCUCGAUCUGUUCAAAUGAUUGAGAAACUUCUUAAAGCUGGCAUGAAUGUUGCUCGUUUCAAUUUUUCACAUGGUACUCAUCAAUAUCAUCAAGAAACUCUCAACAAUCUCAAGUCUGCUAUGCACUCCACUGGUAUUCUCUGUGCUGUCAUGCUCGACACCAAGGGGCCUGAGAUUCGAACUGGUUUUCUCAAAGAUGGAAAACCUAUUCAGCUCAAAGAAGGACAAGAAAUCACCAUAACUACUGAUUAUGAAAUUAAGGGGGAUCAGGAGACCAUAUCAAUGAGCUACAAGAAACUCCCGGUCCACUUGAAGCCUGGAAAUACCAUACUAUGCUCUGAUGGAACAAUCACCCUCACUGUUUUGUCUUGUGAUCAACAAGCCGCUACUGUUAGAUGUCGCUGUGAUAACACUGCAAUGUUGGGUGAGAGGAAAAAUGUUAAUCUUCCUGGUGUUGUGGUGGAUCUUCCCACUCUUACUGACAAGGAUAAGGAAGAUAUUCUUCAAUGGGGUGUCCCUAAUAAUAUUGAUAUGAUUGCUCUUUCAUUUGUUCGUAAGGGCUCAGAUCUUGUUAAUGUUCGCAAGGUUUUGGGGCCACAUGCAAAGCAUAUUCAGCUCAUGUCAAAGGUUGAGAAUCAGGAGGGAGUCAUGAACUUUGAUGAGAUCCUGCGUGAGACUGAUGCAUUCAUGGUGGCACGUGGUGAUCUUGGAAUGGAGAUCCCAGUUGAGAAGAUAUUUCUGGCACAGAAAAUGAUGAUAUAUAAGUGUAAUCUUGUUGGCAAGCCUGUGGUGACUGCUACCCAGAUGCUUGAAUCCAUGAUCAAGUCUCCCAGGCCAACCCGAGCUGAAGCAACUGAUGUAGCCAAUGCAGUUCUUGAUGGAACGGAUUGCGUCAUGCUUAGUGGUGAAAGUGCAGCUGGAGCUUACCCUGAACUUGCUGUGAAAAUUAUGGCUCGCAUUUGUAUUGAAGCAGAAUCUUCCCUUGACUAUGGUGCUAUCUUCAAAGAGAUGAUAAGGUCUACUCCAUUGCCCAUGAGUCCAUUGGAAAGCCUCGCAUCAUCGGCUGUACGCACAGCCAACAAGGCCAGAGCGAAACUCAUUGUUGUGCUGACACGAGGUGGGAGUACAGCAAAGUUAGUUGCCAAGUACAGGCCAGCUGUUCCAAUCUUGUCUGUGGUGGUUCCGGUUUUGACCACGGACUCGUUUGAUUGGACCUGCAGUGAUGAAGCACCAGCAAGGCACAGCUUAAUAUACAGAGGCUUGAUUCCUAUAUUGGCCGAAGGAUCUGCCAGAGCUACUGACGCAGAAUCUACAGAUGCUAUUCUGGAGGCUUCUCUUAAGUCAGCAACACAGAAGGGGCUUUGUAAACCUGGUGAUGCAGUUGUUGCUCUUCAUCGUAUUGGAGCUGCUUCUGUUAUAAAGAUCUGCAUAGUCAAGUGAUGCAAGAAGGGUUGUGUUAUGUUUCAGCUUAUCUAUUAAUUUUGCUGUUUGUCCAUCAUAUAAUGGAGGAUAACUAUUAGCAGGUUUUGGUAUUUUUUGUUGUUGAUGAACUAGGUUUCGGUAUUUACUGUAAUAUUGCAGAGUACUUCUAGAUGUGAUUCUCACUAAAAUAAUCUGCAUUUCUUGCAUUUAAAAUAAGAUAGGUUUGUGCUUUGUGGAUGUCUUCCACAAUGGUAUUCGACAAGUC